AGAAAAUGAUCCUUAAUGCCAAAAAUGAAGAGUGGAAAUACUUAAGGACACUUCUGUCACCGAAUUUUUCAGCCAAAAAGCUAAAAGAGAUGCAACCACUCAUAAAGACAGCAGCUGAUAAUUUGGAAGAAGCCUGCGACAAUAUUGCAAAAACAGGGGAAGACGUGGAUGUGAGCCAUCUGUUUGGUUGCUAUACUAUGGAUGUUAUUGCUACAACAGCUUUUGGUGUAGAAGUUAACUCACAGAAGAAUCCAGACAAUCCAUUUGUCAAGAAUGCCACUUACUUGGUCCGCAGAAGUCGAUUCAAAUCAACCUUUGUCAUUUCUUUUAUUUCACGCAAGUUUUUCAAGUUCCUGUUAUUCACACGAGUGGUUGCAACUCGAUCAAGACAAUUCUUUUAUGAUUUAUGCAAGAAAAUCUUGGCAGAUCGGAAACGAACUAAUGGCCAGUUCAGGAAAGAUCUUCUGCAAUUGAUGAUUGAUCAACAAAAUGAUUUUACCGAAGAACAACCUGAAAAGAAUGCAAAGAAUGAUGACGUGAAGAAUGAUGAUGCAAAUAAUGGCAAUACAGUGAAUGGUGAUGCAACAAAUGAUGAUGUUCCGAUACCUACAAAGUUAGUUAAGAGAAAAUUAACCGAUGAAGAAAUCAUUGCCCAGAGCAUCAUUUUCUUUAUGGCUGGCUAUGAAACAACAGCAACCACUUUGUCUUUUAUGGCCCACCUUUUAGCCUUACACGAAGACAUCCAAGAUAAAGUGUAUCAGGAAAUCCAAUCAGUCAUUGGAAAGAAAACACUUGAUUACGAUGGUGUUCAAAAGUUAGCUUACCUCAGUCAGUGCGUCUCAGAAACACUAAGAUUAUAUCCCAUAGCAAACAGUAUUCUGAGAAAAAGUAAGAAGCAAAUCACCAUAAAAAAUUGGACAAUUCCUGCAAAAAUCGGCAUUAAUAUUCCAGUCUAUGCUCUGCACCAUAAUCCGAAAUAUUGGCCUGAUCCUGAAAAAUUUGAUCCUGACAGAUUUUCAGAGGAGGCCCAGAAGACACAUACCAAGUUUGCUUACUUGCCCUUUGGCGCUGGACCCAGGAUUUGCAUUGGCAUGAGGUUGGGAUUGAUGGAAAUCAAAUUUGCAAUGGCUGAGAUUCUCACCAAAUAUAAAUUUGUACCAACUGAGAAAACUGAGAACCCAAUUAUCCUUAACAAUCAGUCUCUUCUCUCUGCAAAGAAUGGAAUCUGGCUUAAACUUGAGAGACGUUGAAUUUACCCCCACCACCACCAACAACACCAGCAUGACCACCACCACCACCACCACCACCACUGCUCUGAAAUAUAGAGUGCUUGUGCAUGGUUGCUGGACAUGCUAAAAAAUAGCAGUCAAAUUUCCUUGAAAUUAACACCCAGUGAUUCGCUUUAAAAAUA